UCAAGGGCCCCCACUAGCCAGAGACAACCAAGCACCAAACCGCAUCAACAAGACCAAUCACAACCACCAAAGAGAAAACAAGAUCAACCAACCAAAAGAAGACAGUUUAUCCAGCCAUCAGAAAGCACUGCAACCGUUCAGCGGCAUCAACAACAGCAAAAUCAAGCAACCAACAAGAACCAAGCCUUGACAACCGCACUCUCCAGCGCAAUAGAACGACGUCCAGACUCGGCGUCCAGAUGUACAGCGCCCGUGGUCAUUGGCUUCUACAGUCCCAGAUCUGGAUCGCGUAUGUGGCGACCUACCUCGUCUCGCACCGGCUCAAGCGUACCGUAG